AUGGCGAGGAAGGUGGCGCUGCUCCUGUGGACCCAGACCCUCAGCCUCGCUGGUGCCCAGACCACCCAGCUCGUUGUGGAUCCCCCCUGGAGGCUGGCAGUGCUGUGGGACCGGGUGACACUGACCUGCCAGGGCUCGGGGACUGCCAGUGCUACCACCUGGUACAAGGAUGGGUGGCGCCGAUGGCAGCAGGGACAGGAUCACCUCAUUGUCACCGAGAGAGGAACCUACACGUGUGAAAGACCUGGCACCAAGUUCAGCCCCUCCGUGAGUGUCUUAAAGGACUGGCUGGUGCUGCAGGUGCCAGCACAGGCACUGCUAGAGGGGCACACCUUGACACUGCGCUGCCGCUGCCGGCAGGACAACCAUCUCACCAGGGUGCAGUUUUACCGAGAAGAGAAGGAUCUUGGGAGGUCCCUAAAGGGGACCACACUGUCCCUUUCACCUCUGCAGCUGCACCACAGUGGCCGCUACAGAUGUGAGGGCUUGGUGGGGUCCUGGCAGUCACGGCUAGCAGCACCAGUGACAGUGAAAGUGCACAGGGUCCCGCCCUCGGGGGUGUCCCUGUCAGCACAGCCCCCAAGGGUACAGGUGGCACUGGGGGACCGACUAAUGCUGAGCUGUGCGGUGGCCAUGGGGACAGGUCCCCUGUCCUUCUCCUGGCACCGGGAGGGCUCAGGGGCACUGUCGGGCACUGGCCCCUGCCUGGUGUUGCACCACGUUGGGGACAAUGACAGCGGCCAGUACCGGUGCCGGGUAAGCGAUGGGGACAGCGUGGCCGAGAGUGUCCUCCUGAAUGUCACUGUCCUCCUGCCCGUGGCCAAUGCCACCAUCAUGCUCGGUCCCCUGUUACACCAGGAGCGCACAGGUGACAACGUGACCCUGCAUUGCUCGGUGCAGGUGGGCUCAGCCCCUGUCACCUUCACCUGGCUGCACAAUGGGCAGGAGGUCGCCCAGGGUCCCCUCCUGGAGCUCAGGGCCAUCAAUGUGGGACAUUCGGGCACCUCUCAGUGCAUGGCCACCAACCAGCUGGGACAGGACGGGCACCGCGUGUUCUGGGCACUGAGCCCAGAGCUGUCCCUGGAGGUGACACCUGGCUCACCCUGGGUCACAGUGGCCACAGGGGUCGGUGGGGCCCUUUUGUUCCUGCUCCUGCGUGUCAGUGUGACCUGGCACCUGUGGCACAGUGUGGCCGCCAGGAAGAAGCAGGAAAGGGCCCCUCCAGAUCUCCUGGCCCCCCUAGAGGAGGGGGAGGUGCUGUACACCCACGUCGUGGUCACCAAGAGGGCAGGGGCGUCCUCCUUUGCCACCAGCGUCCAGGAUCCCCAGGUGACCUACGUGAAGCUGCGGGGACCCCAGGGGCAACUGCAGGAACUCGGCUGCUGUCCCCAGUCACCCACCGGUGCCCUGACCACCCAGAUCCUGGUGGAGCCCUCCUGGACACCACUGGUGCUGUGGGACCAGGUGACACUGACCUGCCAGGGCUCGGGGACCUCCGAUGCCACCACCUGGUACAAGGACAGGCGGCACUUGUGGCAGGAGAGACAGGAACGCUUCACUGUCACCGAGAGUGGCACCUACUGGUGUGACAGACCCGGCACCGGACGCAGCCCCCUCGUGAUAGUCUUACAACAGCUCUUCUCGGUGCCAGUGCUGAAGGGUCCCCCCGAGCUCACCGUGGGGUCCCCCCUGGCAGUCAGCUGCCUCAGGACCCCCAGCCCCCUGCGGCCCCGAGCCCCGCUCCUGCACGUGUUCUGCUGGGAAGGCAGGUAG